CUGAGAAACAAAACACCACUCACACACCCACCCACGCGCAUCAACUGCCGGCCAACCCCUCCAGAAUGACAUCACCAGACGCCCCCGAAUCCCAACCGGCAGCCAUUAACUAUGUCGCCGGCUUCCUUCUCGUCGGCCUGGCGUGGGGCUUCACCACCCCCUUCAUCCGCCGCGCCGCAAAGGACCACAACCCGCCCCCGCACCCCGUCCUCGACACCGAAGCCGUCAAGAACAGCUGGCUCCGGAGCCGGGUGUACGGCGCCUUCUUCGGCGUCGUCGACCUGUUGCGGAACCCGCGGUAUGCCGUGCCGCUGCUAAUUAACUUGACCGGGAGCGUUUGGUUCUUCCUACUUAUUGGACAAGCUGAAUUGAGUUUGACGGUCCCCAUCGUCAAUACCUUGGCGUUCCUCUUCACUGUCAUCGGAGACUGGUGGGUUGAGAAGAAGGUCAUUAGUCGAGAAACCUUGGUCGGCAUGGUUUUGUCUCUUUCAGGAAUAGCGUUAUGCGUGCAUAGCAAGACGAAGUACUGAUUUUGAGCCUCAAUGAUUUGAGGGCCCUUUCGAGAAGAGAUACGGUGCAUGUAUGAGACCUAUACGUGCUGAUGUCUCGUUCAAGGUGCAUAAUGCAAGAUAUGAUAUCUGGCAUUUCAAGCCAUGUAGAAGACGUGUAAAUAUAUAUACAGUAAAAGCGAACAACGUGCCUGCGCCAGGCAGCUUCAGUCAUCUAAACUUCUACCGUUCAAGAUCCACCGCCCAUCAGAAACAUCCUCUCUG